AUGCCUCCUAUACGACGAAGCAAUUUAGGUAGAAUAACCCGAAAUGCUACCAACCAAGCUAAUUACCGAUCUAACCAAAGUCCACAAGAACGUGACGACAGAAAUGAACGUGAAAGAAUUCGGAUAUCACAAACGCGUGAAGUGCGAACGCGAAAUUCAACUAAUAAUCGCGCAAACUUGAAUCGAGCUGCUUUUAGUUACGAUGUGUCAAUUGACUACAGUAACUACCAGUGUGUUGUUAUUGGUUCUAUGAACUCAGUUUGCUCAUAUUGUAAUGCUUUGAAAUACAAAAACGAGGCCAAUGGUUUGUGUUGCGAAAAUGGUAAAGUGAUAUUGAUACCAUUGGAUCCACCACCAGAGCCGUUGUACUCAUUGGUUUCAGGAAUAGGAACAGAUUCUAUACACUUUUUGACAAAUAUCCAACAAUAUAACAAUUGCUUUCAAAUGACUUCAUUUGGGGCAACAAAUGUAGUUCGUGAAAGUUUUAUGCCAACUUUCAAGAUGCAAGGACAAAUGUAUCAUAGAUCAGGAGAAGAUGGCUAUGAUUUCUCAAUAAAAAUGAUAAAUCCAAUUACAGGUUCUGAAACAAACAAAAAAGUCAGUUCAAUGAACUAUUAUUCAUACCGCCUAAUGAUUCGGGAAAAUGAAGACAAUCACAUAUUGAAAUGUCGGCGAUUAUAUCACAAAUAUGUUGUUGACAUGUAUGUUAAAAUUGAAACGGAGAGAUUAACAUUCAUCAGGUUGAAUCAGACCAAACUACGAUCUGAAGAGUAUAUUCACCUUCGAGAUGCGAUUAAUACCGAUGGAAAUGCACAGAAUGUUGGUCGGAUGAUUAUUCUUCCAGCAACAUACAUCGGAAGCCCUAGACAUAUGCACGAAUAUGCUCAAGAUGCCAUGUCGUAUGUUCGUCAUUAUGGUACAGCAGAUUUGUUCAUCACAUUUACAUGCUAUCCGCAAUGGAUAGAAAUCAAGCAGGAGUUAUUCCCUGGGCAAUCACCCAUUGAUCGUCAUGGCAUUACAGCCAGAUGGCAGAAACGAGGGUUGCCACAUGCACACAUUUUGAUUUGGUUGGUUGAAAAGAUAAGGCCAAAUGAAGCUGAUGCAGUGAUAUCAGCUGAAAUACCUAAUGUACAAUUAGAUCCUGAAUUGCAUGAGGUUGUUAUCAAAAACCUGAUACAUGGUCCAUGUGGUACUCUUAAUCAAAAUUCACCGUGUAUGAUGGAUGGUAAAUGUUCAAAACGAUAUCCAAGGACGUUAAUAUCAGAAACAAUUACUGUCAAUGAUGGUUAUCCACUGUAA